GAAAUUCAACGACAGAGCCAGAGACGCAAAGCAGCGCCCAGCAGGCUGAAAACUCAGAACAUAAACCUUGAAAUUGCGAAUUGUGCAUGGUGGCGACGUCACUACUGACUCCACCCCUGGGGCGUGGCGCUGGCCCCUCCUCUGGAGCGUCUGGUGUGGAGCGGAGCUGGAGAUGGCCUGGGCAGCGUGAAGAGGGCCCUGGCGGGCGAGAGAGAGCCUGCGCCACUGGCCCCGCCCGCUGCUGCUGAUGGAUGCCAAGCUGCGAGAGGAACUGUUUAAGAAGUAUGCGCAGUCGCUGGAGCGAAGAGCGGAGGAGGCUGCCGAGGAGCUGGACAGUGGGCGGGCCAAGGAGGCGGAGCUUCUGCCAGAGGCGGUGGCCCUGCUCGGGGCCUACCAGACGGACCCGGGGCAGCGGUUCCGCAUGGUGCGCUUCUACGAGGUGGCGGAGAAUGCGCUGCGCACUUUGAGGAGGUCCAGCCUGCAGGGCCUGGAGAGAGCCUUCGCCAUGCUGGAGACAGUCUGCACCAACCUGCUGCUCUUCCCCUGGAAGAAGGAGUUUCGCGCCAUCAAGACCUUCACAGGACCCUAUGUGUACUGCCUGCAGGCGGCGUUGUGUGAUACAGACCUGCGCUCUCUGCUGCGCUCCAUGGGCUACUCCCGGGACCACGAGCUGCAGUUCCACGCCCGCGACCACCCCGGGGGGGCGCCGCACCUGCGGCAGCUGGCCUUCGAGCUCUUCCUGGCGCGCGCGGAAUGCAGGCUGCUGGUGGAGGUGGUGGCGCUGGCAGGCGGAGCAGCGACGGAGGCGGAGGCCGUGGAGGCGCGCCGGGCGAGCAGGGAGGACGCGGCCGGGUGCGCGGAGGCGCUGCGCCGCCGGGACGCGCUGGCAGGGGAGGUGUCGCGGCUGUCCGUGCGGCAGGCGGAGACGGAGCGCACCUGCCUCCGGAGGCCCGCCCGCCCGUCCAAGUCGGUGGAUGUGACAGACAGCGCGGGCAGCUGGCAGCCGGCCAACAAGCCGGUGCUGAAGGCCUCGCUCAGCCUGCGCAAGGAGCCGCUCUUCGUGGACGCCGAGGAGGACAUGAAGGAUGAGAUACUCCGGCCCAGCCCCUCCCUGCUCUCCGCCCCAGCCCCGCCCUCCUACGUCGGGGUGGCGGACUUCUUCCCCGUGCAGUCGCCGUCAGCGGAGCCUUACUCCUACCACCUGUCCUCCCUGGACGACGUCGACCUGUACACGGAGUGCGGGGCGUACCGCCAGCCCAUAUCCCGCCCGCCGAGCCGGGACCCCCGGGACAGCAGGGAGAGCUGGGUGCUGAAGGGACACGGUGUGAAGUGCCAGGGCUGCGGAAGAGGCUGCCCGAGCCUGGCCUCCUGUCAGCGGUGCGAGGUGAUCCUUUGCCCCGCCUGCCACACCCAGGAGCCUGCCCCGUGCUGCGGACGGCAGGACUACCCCAAAACCUCACCCCGCCCCCUCGACGGCUACUUACCGGCAAAGGAGAAACUGUCCGUUUACUCCAACUCCCACAGCCACGCCCACUCCCACUCGCCACUGUUGGAGAAGCCACUGACUAUGCCCAAGCCGUAUCCCAGCAAGCCCAUUAUUUCCACCGCCAACAGCAGCGGGGGUUUGGGAGGGGGAGGGUCCCGGUGCGGCUUUUGCAACAAGCCGGGCGCCUCUCACACAUGUAUAAACUGCUCCAAAGUCUCCUGUGACACCUGCAUGAACCUCUACGCUAAAGACAUCUGCACCCGCAAGAACCUGCACCACAACUUUGUGUCCAACCACCAGCUCAACUACAAGACCAGCUCCAUAUCUCACGCAGUGUAUCGGUGAACUGCGAUGCUGACCAGCUCCUGACCACCAAGCGAGUGGGUCUCGCCCGCUCAUGGUCCCGCCCGCACACGCUAAUUAUCAGAAGGCUGCAUCAGGUCCUCGGAAUGCACAUAUCAGAGCCAUCUCUCCUCCUCCACCCAUAUCCCUUGGCUGUGUCGAUCCACAGACUGUGCCAGCCUAACCUCAGCUGUACCUGUAACUUGAUUGGACAUGUGACUCGGUAGCUCUUCCAACCCUGAGCCUCUCCCACUCAUUAAGAUUCCCCACAAGGUGGGAGAAAAAAAAAAAAAAGAAUGGAGUGAUUUGAAGUAAUCCGUCCGACCCUGCCAUGAUGAUGCGUGUUAUAAUAAUCCUCUUUAUCCUGUGGCACUUCUUUUUCUGUGUUUGGUGAGGGGUGGGGGUGGGUUUCCAAAACAGGUAUUUAUCAUACAAUGGAAAAAAAAACAUUAAGCUGAGAAUUCCUCCCACCCGCUCAUUCAGAAAUUAAAUGUUCUGAAAUUGUGAUGCUUGUACAUGGAAGGUUGUUCAACUUGAAAACGGAACAGGAACAUACCGUAAAUUACACUGGAUUUUAGUAGUCAUUGUUGUAUUCAGUAUGAUUUGGAGGAACCUGUGGCUGUAGGCGGUGUAGAUGCCCUCAGAGCGAACCUGUAAUCAGCAAUCUUAACCACAUUGAUUUUGUUCGAACAUUCAAACUGACCUGCGAUCAAUUCUUUAGGGGAGUGACAGGGUGAAAGCAAUGACAGCCUGGUGGGGUUACUUGUAAUAGGUAAUCAGUCAUACUGGGGUGUUAUUACUGUUUCUGAGUUUAAGGAGAAUUGUGGUUACUGUAUAACUCUCUAAGAAACAAAACAAAGCUACAAUUCUUCCUUGGGCAGUUUUUUUUUUUUUGGG